GCCUCAUGAGUUCCGGACCAGCAUGGUCAGGACCUGGAGGUUCUAGUUGUCCGCAGUGGUCAUAUUCGGGCUCUGGAAAUGGUCCACCUCCACAGUGGGGAGCCCCAGCAUCUUCUGGAUGCCCACCCUAUUUUAAUCAAGUACCCCCUCCUGUUGUGAAUACUCCACAUCAGAGUUGGCCUUGCCCACAAGGUCCUUCACAGGGUUUACCAGAACCUCCAUUGCCAGAUCCUUUCCAUUUUCCUCCCACAAUCCCCCCACCUAGUCAGUUUCCCCCUACUCAGCAUGGUCCACCUCAGUGUCCUCCUCCAAACACUCAUUUUGCUGUUCCUCCAAGACCAUUUCCAGGACUAAAUGGACCACCUCCCAUUCCGGCUAGUGGCACUUCAGGUCCUCCGCCUGUUCCUCAGUUUCCUCCUCCUGGACCAUCUCCUGGACCACCCUCUUGUCCACCACCUAGUUUAAAUUACAGCGGAACAUCAUGCUAUAAUUGGGGUCCAUCACCAACAGCACAGCUACCUCAGCCUGGUGCACAGCCCCCAGGACCCCCAAGAGGUGUUGGUCCUGAUAUACAUCAGCAGACAUGGCCAGGGUCAAGUUGGGAUGAAGAUCGAGCAACAUCUCAUAGGUCACUCAUUGAAGAUCAUGGUUCUAGAUCUGGCAUAGAUAGGGGUUUGGCAUCAAAAAUAAGUAACUAUAGAGACAGUGGUCGUUUGAGAGAACGUGAGCCACCAUCUCGAGGACAGGAGCGAUCUUCCCAUACUUCAUCAAGGUAUGAAGGGGAUCGAGGACGUUUAGAUCCCAGGUAUAAAGACCAUGGCUAUCCUGAAAAUUAUUCUGAUGAUGGGUGGAGGGAAAGGAAUAGAAAUCAUAGGAAACACUCAAGGAGUCCACCUGAUUAUUCUCCCAGAAGAAGAGAGUCAAGGAGACAUUCACCGCCUCGCAGAACAUCAAAGGAUUCCCAUGAGAGAUUUGAAGGAGACCGAGGAAGUCUGGAGUCAAGAUAUAAAGAUCAUGUCCCGGUAGACAAAUAUUCAGUUGAUGGGUGGCGGCAGAGAACCAGUUCUCAUAGAAAGUGCUCCAGGAGUCCUCCAGAUUUUACACCCAGAAGAGAGGAACCAAGAUCAUACUCACAACCCCACAGGCUCUCUAGGGAGUCUAGCGAUAGAUAUAAUCGUGAUCGAAGUAGUAAAAGCUCCAGGAGUCCUGGAAGAUGCUCUAGUUCCUCACAGCCACGGUCGCCAGAAAGAAAAAGAUGGCAUGCUUCAAGAAGCCCAGAUCGUCACAGAAACCCUGAACAUGCAGGAAAUAAUAAAAAAAGGGAGAAGGACUUACCUGACAUAAAGGAGAAGCAGGAACCAGAAAAUAUGGAAGUUUUGGAGGAGGAAGAACCUCAGCAGCUGGCUGGGGAAGAAAUAGUAGAAGAUGAAGAAGAAGAAGAAGAAGAAGUAAAGACAGCAUGGGUAAGGUCAGCCCCAGCUGAUCUUUAUUACCAACGAGAUGAAAAAAAUCCUCUAGUCAUGCGAGCGACAAAAAAAUUAAUUUUAUUAUGUGAUAACAUGGACGAAAAAUUGAUAAAGAGAGGAAUGAAGAUUAGAGAAGACAAGAAGAAACUGAGAGAAAAAAAAGAAUGGGAACAACAGCAACAACCUCUUGCUUGCAGAAAUAGUUGCAACAACAUAACAAGUGAUUGUAGUACAGAUGAAAUGGCUGCAGUUGAAGCAGCAGGUGAUAAUAUGGGUCAUAAUGUUGAGGUUAAUAACACUAAAGAAGAAAGUGAAGUAUAUAAGAAUAACUGUGACAAAGAUGAUAAAGAAACUAGUGUGCAUUGUGGUGGUGACUCCGACAUAUGUAUGGAGAGAAGUGAAGAAGAUGAAAAAUUCAUGAAUUCAAAUGAAGAAAUUCAUAGUGAGAGCAAAUGUGAUAAAGUGCAGUCAGAGACAAUAAAAGAAUGUGAACACAAGCAUAAGCACAAAAAGAAGCAAGAUUUUGAUGGUGAUUGCAGCACAACAGAAAAUUGUGAUAGCAACUGUAGUAGUAGCAAUGGCAGUGAUAGUGACAGUACUUCAAGCAGUGAUGAUGAUGACGAGAAUGAAAUGGACAGAAUCUCCAAAGAACUUGAGAAAAAACGUAACCAUCCUGACCGUUUACAUCCAGAAUUAUGGUUCAAUGAUUCUGGGGAAAUGAAUGAUGGGCCGUUGUGUCGAUGCUCCUUAAAGGCCCAGCGUUCGGGAAUUCGUCAUGGAUAUUAUGUUGGUGAAUGUAAAUUACCUUUAUGUGACCCUUGGACCAAUAAUGCAGAUCGUCUCCAUCACUAUCUCAUCACUAUAUCUCCACCCACUAAUUUCCUGAUUAAAACUCCAACGGUGAUUAUGCACGAUGGACACGAGUUUAUUUUUGAAGGGUUUUCCUUGCUGUCGCAUCAUCCACUCGAAGAGGUUCCAACGUGCAGGGUUAUACGUUUUAAUAUUGAGUACACCAUCCUAUACAUUGAAGAAAAAAUUCCUGACAAUUUUUGUGUCCAAGAACUUAAUAUAUUUUAUUCUUAUCUCUUUCUUGAGCUCUUGGAACUUGUUGACUUGAAUCUGCAUGCAAUGGGUGAUGCAGAAGGUUGUCCAAGAUUCCAUUUCAUGCCAAGAUUUGUGCGGAAACUUGCAGAUAAUGGGAAAGAAAUCUUGUCAAUGAAUGAAGUAUUGAGUUUCCUUUUAAAGAACAGUGGUCCUUUGAUUCAGCCUGAAGAUCUUGCUCAGCUUCUAGGAAUGUCUCAGUACCAGUGGCAGAAUUAUGCUGAUCAUCUGAAAGGUAUGGUAGUUACAAGUCCAGGCAUGAAACCUUGCAGCAUUCGAGUGGAUCAGUUGGAUCGUGACCAAGUCAGUGAAGAAACUAUAAAUUAUCCUGUCAUUGUCCACUUUGGCAUCCGCCCCCCUCAACUGUCAUAUGCUGGUAAUCCUGAGUAUCAGAAAGCAUGGAGAGAAUAUGUCAAGUUUCGACACUUAUUAGCUAACAUGCCAAAACCAUCAUUUGAGGACAAAAGACGGCUGGAAGCAAAAGAAAACAGGUUGCAAGAGAUGAGAAUGACAUCCAAAAUGAAGAGAGAUGUCACCAUAGCUGUGUCUUCACAAGGAUUUUACCGAACUGGGAUCAUGUGUGAUGUAGUUCAGCAUGCCAUGUUGCUGCCUGUUUUGGUAUGUCACCUACGAUUCCAUCAGUCUCUUGAAGUGCUAGAAGAACGCAUUCUCUACAAAUUUCAGACCAGGUUUCUGCUUCAGCUGGCUCUUACUCAUCCAUCAUACAGGGAAAAUUUUGGAACUAAUCCAGAUCAUGCCCGGAAUUCGCUCACAAACUGUGGUAUCCGUCAGCCAGAAUAUGGAGAUCGGCGAAUUCAUUACAUGAACACACGUAAAAGAGGCAUUAAUACACUUAUAAACAUUAUGUCAAGAUUUGGGCACAACCUUGAAACAGAAAGCAAGAUAACCCACAACGAACGUUUGGAAUUUCUUGGAGAUGCAGUGGUUGAAUUUUUGACUUCAAUCCAUCUUUUUCACUUAUUCCCCAGCCUGGAGGAAGGUGGAUUAGCUACCUACAGGGCAGCUAUUGUACAGAAUCAGCAUCUGGCAGUGUUGGCAGAGAAGCUGGGUUUAGAUCAGUUUAUGCUUUAUGCCCAUGGCUCUGAUCUUUGUCAUGACUUUGAGCUCCGACAUGCUAUGGCUAACUGCUUUGAGGCUCUAAUGGGCGCAAUUUUCUUGGACUCCAACAUUGAGGAGGCAGACAAAGUGUUGAGCUCCACACUAUUUAAAAAUGAGGAUGUGUUGCACAACAUCUGGGUUAAUUAUCCCCCUCAUCCCAUUCAAGAACAGGAGCCGCAAGGGGAUCGCAAGUGGAUUAAGUCUUUCCCAAUUCUCACUAAACUUGCCAAGUUUGAAGAAUCUAUAGGUGUGCAGUUCAAUCAUAUUCGUCUCUUGGCUCGGGCCUUCACUGACCGAAGUAUUGGCUUCAACAACCUUACCUUGGGAUCUAAUCAACGUUUGGAGUUCCUUGGUGAUACUGUUCUGCAGCUUGUAUCCUCAGAGUAUCUCUACCGGUAUUUUCCAGAGCAUCAUGAAGGUCAUCUGUCAUUACUGCGGUCAUCACUAGUAAAUAAUCGUACUCAGGCCGUUGUCUGUGACGAUCUGGGAAUGACAACAUAUGCUAUGUACUCACAUUUAAAGACAGAACUUAAAACAAAGGAUCGUGCAGACUUGCUGGAAGCAUUCUUAGGGGCCCUCUAUAUUGAUAGGGGUCUCAAGUAUUGCCGUACAUUCUGCCAGGUUUGUUUCUUCCCUCGCCUUCAUCAGUUCAUUAUGAAUCAGGACUGGAAUGACCCCAAAAGCAAGUUACAACAGUGUUGUUUGACUCUUCGUACCAUGGAUGGUGGCGAGCCCGACAUUCCCAUUUAUAAAGUCAUUGAGUGCAAGGGCCCAACAAAUACCCGAGUAUAUACAGUUGCAGUUUACUUUCGUGGUCGACGUCUGGCCAAAGCAUCUGGUCAUUCCAUACAACAGGCUGAAAUGAAUGCUGCUCGAGAAGCACUUAUGAACUCUAAAGAAUUAUUCCCGCAGCUGGAUCACCAACGUAGAGUAAUUGAGAAAAGUGUCAAGAUUCAAGGUGUAAAUAAAUCUGAGUCACCAUAUAAUGAGAGAGACUACAAUAAAGAUAAGGAACGGGAAAGAGAAAGGAAUAGCAGAGGACUUCGGAAAGAUGAUGAAAAACGAGGGGAGAGAGAAAGGCCUAGAGAAAGAGAAAAGUUUCUGGAUGAUAGAGAAGGGGAGAGAAGCAGAGGUGGAGAAAGAGGUAGGACGGCAAGAGACAAAGACAUACCCAGUAUAGAUCGAGAUAGGCAAAUAAAAGGAUGUGAGAAAGAACGACAAUGUGGAGAAAAAGAUAGAGCUGGGGAUUCUAGACGAAAUAAACCAGAAGAUGAAGAUAGGAGAUACAAAUCAGAGGUGGAUAAAGUCUAUUAUAAAUUUCCAUUGAAUGAACAGAAGUUCCGAGGACAUGUGAAAUAUGCUUCCAGAGAUGGGGUAGAGACAGACAGACAUCGAGAUAAGUAUAGAGGGUAUAAUAAAAAUAGAUAUAACGAAUGUCCUCACACAGAAUCGACGCAGAAAAGUGGUCGUAUUCCUAGAAGUGAUUGUAACAGAAGGCAAUCGAGAUCAGAUUGGUAAGUACAGAUGUAGACAGCUUAUAAAUUAAAAAUUAUACAGUAGUAAAUCAUUGGAAAUUUGAUUUUAACUAGUGAUUACUAAUCACCUGCAUUUAUAUAGUGCAAAAGUUAGAAAUUUUUUUAGACUACAAUAUUCAUUCACCUUGAAUAGAAUAGCAUAAGCUCAAACAAUGAAAUUUUUAUGGAUCACAUGAUGAAUUUUAAAACUGGUAUUGUAAAUUAUUAUUAUAAUCAAGGGAGCUGUAUAGUCCUUGUGGCUUAGCGCUUCUUUUUUGAUUAUAAUAAUAAUCAAGGGGGAAGCGCUAAACCCGGAGGAUUAUACAGCGCCUGGGGAGGGGAAGUGGAAGGCAUUCAGGCUUAAUUCGGGGAACUGGAGCACAGAUCCAAUUCCCUAAAUCAAGAGCCCCUCACCAACAUCAAGGAACCUUCCUUGAGGGGCUGGUAUUGUAAAAUUUUAAGAAAUGUUACACAGUUGAAGGAAAAUACUCAUUUACUGUAUACAAUUUAACAUUUAGACAUACCCAGCCAAAUUUUAAAAUAAAUUCAGUAAGAGUAGUUUUACUAAUUAAACUGUUGAUAAUUGCAUAUCUCAAAAUGGAUAAAA